UCCAGCCUGCACACAGUUCCUCUCUGCUGCUCUUUUUCCUGUCCAUUUUUUCCCUCCUGUCCUCAAUGGUUUUGUUUGCUCGCCUGUUGGUUACUACUGUGUGUGUUUUCAUGGGGGAUUUGGACAGCGGGAGGAUGCGCUUUUUGGAGGGACAAAUACUCAAAGUUGUCUGUGCGGCCACUCCGGGGUUGUUUUAGUGGAUACUUGGAUGUUUUUCGGGCUGGAGUGAACAAUGGUGCGGAUCCUUGGAGCUGUGGCGGAGGGCAUGCUCUGGUUUCGGCUACUGUUGCUGUGCGUCGUGGAGUUGGAGCUGGGAGCCGGGCUUUCUACUUUCCAGGGUUUCUAUCUUCCACCUGCGAACGGGUCGCUGCUCACACCUGCCCGGAGGACAGACGGGGUGGUGCGGACCGUUGACCGGAUUUACCACGGAGGAGGGAAGGUGGGCUACCUGGUGUACCUGGAUGGGAGCCGGUUUCAGCUGGACAUGGAGCGGGACGAGUCGGUGCUGUCGCAUCACUUCAGUCCCCAGUAUGUGCUCGCGAUGAUGGGGGACAGCCCCGCGCCUCUGCAGCGGGAGUGCGCGUACCGCGGGACGGUGGACUCCAACCCGGAGUCCCUGGCCGUCUUCAACCUCUGCGGCGGGGGUCUGGAGGGCUUCUUCGCCGUGGACCACGCGCGCUACACCAUCACGCCUAUCAUCAGGGCGAAGGGACACGAGCACGACGUGCGCGCCCUGCAGGAUAAGGACGCGGAGAGCGCGCUCCACGUGUUCACGCGCGAGAGCUUCAGCUUCGAGGCCAUGCGCGAGGGGCGCGAGAGCUGCGGGACGCGCGAUGGACGCAGGGGUCGCCGGCACGCGGCGGGGAAACGCCGGCACGGAGGUCGCGGGAGGGGGAGACGGGACAAAGAGUGGCUCGCGGCGGAAGGCACAGAUGACCACGACGCGCACGGGAGAACGUGGUGGAGCCGGCUCGCCAGAGCGGCUCCUCCGGUGCCUGGCACGCGGAGCAAAAGAUCGGUCUCACGCGCCCGGCACGUGGAGCUGCUCCUGGUGGCCGACGACACCAUGACCAAGAAAUACGGCAAGGACUUGAACCACUACCUGCUCACACUGGCCUCCAUCGCCUCCAAGCUGUACGGGCACGCGAGCAUCGAGAACCCCAUCCGGCUGUCGGUGGUGAAAGUGACCGUGGUCACGGAGAAGGAGAAGGGGCUCGAGGUGACCAAGAACGCGGCGGCGACGCUGAAGAGCUUCUGCAAGUGGCAGAACCAGCAGAACCCGCUGGAUGACGACCACCAGCAUCACCAUGACGCCGCCAUCCUCUUCACCAGGCAGGACCUCUGUGGCCACCACUCCUGCGACACCCUGGGCAUGGCAGACGUCGGCACCAUCUGCUCUCCAGAGAGAAGCUGCGCCGUCAUCGAGGACGACGGGCUUCACGCUGCGUUUACUGUGGCGCAUGAGAUAGGUCACCUGCUUGGCUUGUCCCACGACGACUCCAAGUUCUGCGAGGAGCGCUUUGGAGUGAACAGCGACAAGCGGCUCAUGUCUUCCAUCCUCACCUCCAUCGACGCCUCGAAACCUUGGAGCCGCUGCACCUCGGCCACCAUCACGGACUUCUUCGAUGACGGCAACGCUGAGUGUCUCCUAGACUCCCCUCGCCAACCCCUGCUGGGCUCCGAGGAGCUCCCAGGUCAGAGCUACGACGCCGUCCGCCAGUGUCGCCUCGCCUUCGGCCCAGAGUACACCGUCUGCCCCGGCAUGGACGUAUGCUCCCGUCUGUGGUGCGCCGUGAUCCGCCAGGGACAGAUGGUGUGUCUGACCAAGAAGCUGCCGGCCGUGGAGGGGACGCCCUGUGGGAAGGGACGCAUCUGCCUGCAGGGGAAGUGUGUGGACAAGACCCGCAAGAGACACUACUCGGCGUCCAACCACGGCAGCUGGAGUUCCUGGGGUCCUUGGGGUGCGUGCUCCAGAACUUGCGGAGGCGGGGUGCAGUUCGCCCAGCGCCUGUGCAACAACCCGCCGCCGCGGAACAACGGGCGCUACUGCACGGGGAAGAGAGCCAUCUAUCGGUCCUGCAGCGUCACACCAUGUCCUCCAUCAAAUAAGGGUUUCCGGCAGGAGCAGUGUGAAGUGCGCAACGGUCCCCAGACAGAUCCUAAAGGGGUGAAGACAUAUGUUGAGUGGGUGCCUAAGUACGCAGGAGUCCUCCCUAAAGAUGUGUGCAAGCUGACCUGCAGAGCAAAAGGAACAGGAUACUAUGUGGUGUUCUCUCAGAGGGUGGUAGACGGGACAGAGUGUCGUCCUUACAGCAGCUCGGUUUGCGUGAAAGGGAAGUGUGUGCGGACGGGCUGCGACGGCAUCAUUGGCUCCAAGCUCCAGUUUGACAAGUGUGGCAUAUGUGGAGGCGACAGCACAGGAUGUAUACGCGUCGUGGGCAACUUCACCAAGAAGAGUAAGGGCUACACUGACGUGGUGAAGAUCCCUGCAGGCUCCACCCACAUCAAGGUCCGUCAGCACAAGGCCAAGGACCAGACCCGCUACACUGCCUACCUGGCCCUCCGACGGCCCAACAACGAGUACCUCCUAAAUGGCAAGUUUAUGAUCUCUACCUCCGAGACAAUCAUCCCACUCAACGGUACUGUACUUAACUACAGCGGCUGGAGCCAAAGAGAUGAGUGGCUUCACAGCAUGGGUCCUGGGGCCCUCCAUGAAGCCUUGGUGGUCCAGAUUCUAGCGACAGAUGCUAAAAAGCCCUUGGAUGUUCGUUAUAGCUUCUUCAUGCCCCGCCGGACAGCCCCACAGCAGCCGUCAGCCCCACUUAUCCCCAACCUAAAGUUGACCCCUGUGCAGAGCACUACCACAACUACGACGAAGGCCGCCACCACCACCACCACCACCACCAGUAGCACCACUACAUCUUCUUCUGUCCCGCCUGUCUUGGUCCCAGGGCCACCAACGGCUCCGGGUCCCUCCACUCCUACCCCAGGGCCCCACUGGGUAACAGGGUCCUGGAUGACCUGCUCCAGGACUUGUGACACUGGCUGGCAGAGCCGGACAGUGCAGUGUAAGGACCGGGAUGGGAAACUGUCCAAGGGCUGCACGUUAAGUGCCAGACCCUCCGCCUUCAAACACUGUCUGGUGAAGAAAUGUUGAGGCGGCAAGAGAGGGAAAGUGAUUCGUAAGACGAGAAACAAUUCGUAGGAAGAAGUUUAAUCUGUUUGAUAAAUCUGAUAAAGGUCUCAAGUGCUGGAUGUAGGACUAUGGACCAAUGAAUUUAAGAACCUUAAACAGGACUGUGAAUGUUGGCUGAAAGCGCCUGAACCAGAUACACUCAGAGAGACUCAGAGACAGAUUGUCAUGGAUGUACCUGACUAUAUGCCAGAGGGAUGUCCCAGAAUCAUAGUAGCUAUGCAGAGCACAAGUAGAACGGAGGACAGAGUCCGUAUGAUAGUGACAAGUAUCGCCCUGGCAUAGCUAAGGACUGAAAUUGCAUGUCAUUUCCACAUGGACAGUAACUGAUUGUCUUUACUUAUGUCUCCAAACCCUGGAGGCUUCGUGUGUGUCGCCCUGUAAUGGCAUGCCUGUUGUGUUUUUUAUGCUAUUCCAUGUGCUCUAAUCACUGCGGGGAUUGGAAUUCACACUCCUUUGUCUUUUGUCAUGAGUGUGUCCGAGACAAGAGCCUCAACAAUGGGAAGCACUUGUUAUUCAACUUAGCCAACGUACCCGUGUCCCACGUCCCUCAUACUACGUCUCAUAUUACUCCCAUACCUUGAACACGUCAGUCACUAAACAGCUCAUAACAUUCGUUUCGGGUGGAAUGUUGAAAAUACAUACUCACUGGAUGGUAGGCAAUCUUUGUAGCAACUUUGUAGCAACUGCUAAGACACCAUGAACCAUAUAAAAAAAGAUUGUACCGGAUGUCUUUUCCAUUAACCAACUUGAAUAUAUCUCUGAAGCAUUAUUACUGUUGUUCUCCUCGUCCUCUGAUCGCCUACCGGUGUUCUUCUCGUUAAGAAUGUUAUGAGCCACAAAGUGACCGAACUGUCCAUAUUACAAGAGAUGUACAUACGUAUGACGGUCCUAGAUCAGGGAUACCCAUGUGUCCUGACUAUAAGCAUUCUGUGUCUUUGGCCUAGUCCUUAUAGACACGGGUAUUUUCGAAAACGUGGUUUGUCCCUCCUUCGUUCUCAAAAAAAUCACAGAAAAAAAUUCAGAAACACAACUGAAGUGCUGUCAAGGGCAUGCCUAACAAAGCGGGGCGAUAUAACCCUAACCUUCAAGCCACGCAAGAAGAUCUUUAAGAAGAAGAUGUUGGGCAGUCGGAAAGCUGAAAAAAACUGUUAGCGUAAAGCUAAGACAAUGGGGCACGCUCUAAUGAUACCAGCCAGAAACUCUGGGGCUUCUGUACACCUUCAUCCUGCACAGAGAUUUACAAAAGGUUCGUUGUCAGUGACCUAAAACACAGUUUGCAUGUGGUCGAAAGUCCAAAAGCUACGUUUUCAAAUAUAUCCAUGUACAGGUGGACGAGGCCUUUAUUUGACUGAUCUGUCCAGCUGAAAACCGUUAAGCAGCACAAGAAGGGAAGACUAUCAUAAACUAUUUCACGUAGUGGUGACUAUUAUGUCAAGAACGUCCAAAUGGUGCUUCCUGCAAGGGAAAAACCUAACGUAGAAGGGUGACUUCCUGACGAAGAAUGAAUGGGUAAACCCUGACAUUUGGCAAAUGGACAGUGCAUUAGGUCCUUAACGGUUAUGUUAAAAGUUUCUCCACUCUGCAACGACAAUUUGGGAAGAAAGUCAAGCCCAAAGACACGAGUCACCUGUACAGCUUAGAAACAGCAGCACGGUGUGAUGGGAUGGAAAGGGAGCGUACGGAGGACAAGCUUUAGUUCAAUUGGCAAAGGGGCAAACUAACCACGACACUCCUUAACAUUUAUGGAGGUUAAUGAUGACUCACAGGUUUGGGGCAAUGCUUGAUUUUUGAUGUGGGUAGAGUGUGUUUGAGUGUGUGCGUGUGUGUGUUUGUCUUUGUGUGCAUGUUAUGGGCUACCACAUUCAUGAACCCAGGCCUGUGUUAUGAGCACAUACAUUAUGUACCGUGAACAUGUGCAUCUUGAAGCUUCUUCACUCUCAGUUCAAUGUGUAUCAGUCAUUAUGCUGGUGCUGGGAGGUUUACCACCCUCAUGUUUUUGUUUGUGUGUUUAUCUUUUUAGGAGCAAUGCUAAUAUGACAAUGUGUGCCCUGGAUACUCGCAACGACAGCAAGGGAGAUACUAAUGCAGUCAUUUAUGUCCCUUUGCAAUUCAGCUCUUCCCUCAUCACUCAUUCUCUGCUCCACAUCCUGAUGAUUGUUUUAACCUGUUUCCAACCCUGACGGGUGGUGUUUGCCACAUUACAGCAAUUCACAAUGUGCCACACAUGGGUGAUUUUAAAGGGUCAGAUCACCCAGAAUACAAAAAUUUGAGCUUGGAGAUUUCCAUCUGGUUCCUUUACCCCAUUACAUGAAUGGAAUUUCCUUUGUGGUGGUCACAGCUUUGAAAAAUGACAAUCCACAAAUAUCAUGGUUAUGAAUUUCUUUGGAAAUCGUUUCUGCUAAAGAAACACUACACUGAUUUUGAAUGGUGAUGUUGCUAUUGAUUUAAAGGGACAGUUCCACCUGAAAUCAAAAAUACAUAUUUUUACUUCUACCUGUAGUGCUUUUGGUGUGAGUUGCCAAGUGUUGGAGAUAUUGGCCGUAGAGACGUCUGCCUUCUCUCCAAUUUAAUGGAAUUAGAUGGCACUUGGCUUGAUGUGCCACCAAAAACAUACCUUUUUAAAAAAAACUCUACAACAAUGUCUCUUUCCAGGAAUCAUGACCCUUUUACUCAAGAUAAUCCACAAACUGUAAUUUGAUAUGUAGGAACUAUUUUCACCCGCCAACCAUAUCACCACGCAGAAGGAAGAGUGCAUCUACUUGUAGCCGAGAGGCUCCUGAGAGUAUGAGAUGUAAACUUUACUGCUGUCCUCCUAAGUUGAGCUUGAAUGUUAGCUAGCUCAGUGGUGUUGGGUGAGCUAACAGUAGAUGUAUUUUUGAUUUUGGGAUGAGCUGUACUUUAAAAAAAAUAGUUUGACAUGUUAGGAAAUAUGCUUAUUCAUUUUCUUGCCUUGAAAUAGUUGAGAAGAUUGACACCAGUCUCGUGUCUGUCUUUUAAAUAUAAAGCUAGAACCAGGAAAUAGCAUAGCUUAGCAUAAAGACUUGAAGCAAGGGUAUACAGCUUGCCUGGAUCUGCCCAAAUAUUAAGAAUAAUCUACUAACAUCUCUUUAUCAACACAUCAUGUUUAAUCUGUACAAAAAUCGUAGCAUAAAAACAACUUUUAAUGCUAAGCUAACAGGCUACUGGUGCUAGCUUCAUAUUCAACAUAUAUGUGUGAGGUAUCAAUCUUCUUGUCUUACUCUCAAGAAAAUGAAUAAUAAUGUCAAAUUAUUCCUUGAAGCGCAACAAAAACAAAAAGUGUGGAAAUGUGCUUUUUUAAAAUUUGUAAUUACGGUGAACUCAUUCUUUAAAACCCUCCACCAAAAUCUCACAAUAUCAUGCUUUAAUUUGUACAGUGUUGACAAUGUUCAUUACAUAUCAAGUGGAUUUUUACAAAAAUACCUUUCUGUAAUCGUGUUAAAAUUUCCAGCACCUGAUAUAUUUUCCGUUAUAGCAAACCUCACCCAUGUGGCACCUGUGCAGGAGAAAACAAACGACCCCGGGCAACAUACCACUCGCACAAUUUCCUCUUCCACAUUUUUAUUUACACGUGUAGACAUUUUUGUACAAUGAGUAGAUCUUUCAUAUAUGUCUUAGUAUUCAACCAUAUUUACACAGAAAUGUACACACACACACAUACACAUGGAAACAAUCCUUCAGUUACACCGCAUUACAGUAUUCCAGAAGCAAUCACACACACACCACACACACACACACACAACCUACUCUGACUCUUCCGGUGGGGAAACCCCUCUCGCUGAACGACAGAAACACAGCACUGAACUUGUAAUUUAUUGUUUGUACAACUGAUAUGUGUGAAUAAAAAAACAAUGAGAUGAGUUUUAUUUAUUAUAGUAAUUUUGUAUCAAAUUACUAUUUAACUUAGGAAUAUGACUGUGCAGAACCAUUCCUUUGUAAGAAUAUAGUGUUUCUUUUCUAGUCAUCCACAUGAAUAUAUGUACAUAAAAU